AUGUCGAACCAGCUUGUGGGCAUGGUGUUUGACCGAGUCAUCCAGGAGGUAUGCGACUCUUCACAGAUCGACUUUGAGGAGAGCGGCGUCGACCAGCAUGCGCUUGAGGAACUGAGGAAGGGCUGGCAGUCGAAGCUGUCGUCUCUCGGGGUUGCUCAUUUCCCCUGGGAUCCGGCACCACAGCCGCCUGCAUCGCAGCCACAAGCGACACAGCAGGCAGCUCCCCUCCCUCCACCAUCUGCCACCAUUCCCUCAAAUGAUUCUCGACUAAACUCCCAGCCCCAACACCAUCCGCAGCAGCAGCAGCAGCAGCAGACUCACCAACCCCAGCAUGCUGGCCUCCAGUCCCCUAACGACCAUUCAUCCGGAGAUGUCUUUAUCAAAUCCGAGACAGGCUUCUCCCCUUCACCUCCAGGGCCCCCGGCCGGUACCAGUCUAGCCCAGCAGCGAGCCGCCAAUGCGUUGCAUCAGAAGUUUGGCAACGCCGCAGCUAACCAGGUCCAGCAUCUACAAUCACACUCCCAGACGGCUCUAUCCCUUCCUGGAGGACAACCACGAUACAACUCGCAACCAAUGGGCAAUACAAAGCCUCAGGACUUUAGACCACCACAGCACCAGACCCAGGGCCAGGGCCAGGUACAGGGUCAGGCCCAGAAUCAAGCCACAAGACUACCUCAAACAGGGAUCCAGAACGCCCAGACUGAUGGAGCAGGCGAUGACCUGUCAGAUUGGAAGGCCGAAGUCCAGCGACGGAGAGAAGCAGCGGCCAAGAACGGGGCGGAAAAUGACCGUCGUCUUCGGGAGUUUGUCGAGUCUCGAAACCUCCAGCUCGAAGGCGGCGGUCUCCUGGCCCCUCUACAUGAGCGCUAUCCAAAUGCGAAUGGAACUAAGCGCAAGAAAGUUGAAUUUAACGAUCUAGCCACCCUAUCUAGCCAGGUAGAAGGAUCCUCUUCUGUUCCCUCGUCUAGUGCUCCGCCAACACACCCUCAGUUUGACGGGCCAGACGACUUUGGAGUCAAAAAGGACGAGGAUGAAGACGCCAUCAACUCUGACCUGGAUGACCCUGACGACCUGCUCGAUGACGAACAGGGUGAAGAUGAUGCAGUGGGACAGGUCAUGCUUUGCACAUACGAUAAGGUCCAACGGGUCAAAAGUAAAUGGAAGUGUGUCCUGAAAGAUGGCAUAUUAACUUCCGACGGCAGAGAAUAUGUAUUCCACAAAGGGACAGGCGAGUUCGAAUGGUACUAG